AUUUAUUUUAGUUCUAAACAUAUUGCCCAUUAUAUAGAAGAGCAUGGAAUUGAUAUAUUCAUCUUAUCAGAAAAAGACAAAUUGAUCUUAACCGUUGAAUUUUUUUACCAAGAUCUAACCCUUGCACUGAUUAGUCGUUUCAUGUCUUUUAUCACUGGUCACCUCAUGAGAAAAAGAUGAGUUCAUCUUAACCAUUGAAUUUUUUUUGAAGAGAAUCUAAUCGUUGCAUUGAUUAGUCAUUUCAUAUCGCAAAUCAAUUAUCACCUCAUGAGAAAAAGACGAGUUCAUCUUAGCCGUUGAAUUUCUUUGAUCAAGAUCUUACCACUGCAUUGAUUAGUCAUUUCAUGUCUAUAUCAAGUAUCACUUCUUUAGAAAAAAAUAAGUUAAUCUUGACCGUUGAAUUUACCAAGAUCUAACCGUUGGUAUUGCUUUAUAUUCUCUAUAUAAAUGUAUAUUACUCUAUGAAUAAUCACACAUCUCCAACUCUUUUUCUUACUUCUUAUAUUUUUCAAAAAUGAGUUCAAGUCGCUUUUUGUCAUAUUCUAUUCAAGAAGAUAUACAAUUGUGUCAUGUGUAUCUCGAUGUUUCCCAAAAUUCAACGAAGACCAAAAAGAUCUUUACAAACUCGAAUGACGUCAAUUCUUUCUGCAGUCUCAAAGCUGAGAGGAUGCGUUAACCAAAUUGAGAAUAAAAAUCCUAGCGGUGCUUCUGAAGAAGACAUUUUAAACCAAGCGAAGAUGUUAUUAACUCAAUAUGAAAAAUACAAGAGAGGAUUCAAAUUUGAUCAUGUAUGGCCUAUUCUUAAAGGUAUUGAGAAAUUUGCUAAUGAUAACAUGAAGACACCCGCUGCAUUCCAAGGAGAAGGUCGUGAUGUUACGUCAUCUUCAUCAUUUUCAAUCAAUACCGAGUCAUCACCUUCCCCUGGUAUGAAUUCAAUUGAUCUAAAUAUGGAUAGUGAAGAUGCCAAUUUUAGUUUAUCUUCAAGGCCUAUGGGUUUGAAAAAAGCAAAGCGAAAACAACAAUCUGAAGAACAGUUUAAACAACUUUUGGAGCAAAAUGAUAAACUUAUCAAAGCUAUUACUAAAGGUACUUCUGAAAGAAAUGAAAUUCAAAGGCAGAAGAUCGAGGUAGCUAGAAUGAAAGAAGAGAAUAAAAUAUUAUUUGCAGAUUUGAAUUCUAUAAGUGAUCCAUCCUCUAGUGCAUAUAUUGAAAAUGAGAGAAAAAGAAUUUUGGAAAAAAGAGCACAAACAAACCAACAUGAAGAAGAUGGUGAAGGCUCCCAAUAUCAUGGAUCUCAAUAUCGAGCAUCUCAUUAUCAAGAAAGUCCAUUUCAUGGAAAACAAGUUCAAGGAGAACCGGAUCAAGGUGAAGACCAAAGAUCACCAAAUAACCAAGAAGAUUUUACCCAAUAUUAUAAUUAUCUUAGCGGAACCGGAAAUAAUUUUCCUUAACCAUUUGUGAAACUUUUGUUAUGUUUUUAAAACAUAUCUUGUUGCAUUUAGUUUUUAUGUUUGUG